AUGUCUCAGCCAGCCUCUUCCAACCUCGUCUUUGACGACAUUUUCCGCAUCAAUGCCAUUGACCGCGAGGGAAAGAAGUUUGACCGAGUAUCGCGAUUGUACGCGCACUCACAAAAUUACGACAUGGACCUGACUCUCGACUACAAUAUCGAGCUGUACCCAUUGUCUCAAGACGACAGCUUCUCCCUCGCCCUUGCAUCCUCUCUCGCCCGCACUCCACAAUCCAAGGACUCGGAGAACGCGCAGGACGAGCGCGACGUGUGGAGACCAGACGGAAAGGGUCGUCGCGGUUUGGAAGAAGAUUAUGAGUAUGUGAUGUACGGAAAGGUGUACCGCUUUGACUCGGGCAACUCAGAGACCGUGACUGCAUACGCAAGCUUCGGCGGGAUGCUGAUGAGCCUGACCGGCUCGUACCGCCAUAUGACCAGCAUCGUCCUCGGCGACCCCAUAUACCUUCUCAUGCGCAAAUAA